AUGUCUGCAGGCAUCCUUUCCACCAGGGAUGAGAGAAAAGAGUCAGCUCUGCUGGAGACACAGAGCAGUUCUGCCCCAGAGGAGGAGGCACAGGACCACUUGAAGGAGGGGAAAGCCACGAGCAGACAGAAGUCUAGCAAGGAAAAGCCAAACUCCCCCCAGAGCCCGAAAAGUCUCCGUGAUCACUCCCCAGAAACACCCCGAAGUUCACCUGAGCCAAUGAAAAGCCAACUGCAGAGUGACUCAACCCUCGAGAGACCUGCCAGGCUGAGAAGGUUCCGGUGGAUCGUUCCUGCCCACGGCAAGGUGGAACUGAAGAUCCGCUUCAGCCCCACAGUGCCAGGGCAGUUUGACCAGCUGAUGAACUUUGAGAUCCUGGGCUCAAAGCGCCUGUACCAGUUGCCCUGCAGUGCCACUGCCCUGUACCCCAGCAUCAGCCAGAACCCACGGCUGGUGUUUCCUCGCUGGAGGAAGAGCAAGGAGAAGGAGGACAUCAUCUCCAAGGAGUAUGUCAUGAGCACGAAGCAGUUCCACUUUGGACCGCUGCUUUGUGGCAAGUCAGGAGAGUGGUAUGUGCUCCCUGCUCCCAAGUGA